AUGCGGCUAUCACGUUCCGUGUUUUCGACCGUUCGUACUCUUUUGAACGGAGAAAAAGCGACGACGUUCCUUGAUGCUGUGAAUAAACGGUUGGCGGCUCACCGGUCUGGGGCUGCCGUGGACGGGGAACGACAUGCAGCCUAUUGGGACGGCAUUCGUCGAGCUGCUCAAUUCGCUGAACAGAAACGGAGUGAAGUAGAACAGAUUCGUGCUCUCGCAGCUGAAUCUUCGGAUGCUGAGUUACGCGCUAUGGCUGAAGAAGAGCGUCUGACAACAGAAGCAUCAUUAGCUUCUGCAGAGCAAGAUCUGGUGGACAGUAUUGUUCCUGUGACCGAGAUUGACGUACUACGCAAAUGUCAAGUUGAAUUUACUAGUGGUGCAGGCGGCCAAGAAGCGAUGCUGUUCACUGGAGAACUCGUUGAUAUGUAUGCCAAAUAUGCGGAAUGGCGAGGGUGGAAGUGGACUCCGCUUCAACUUCAGAAAUCCGAUCUCGACGGAGUGCGCUCCGCCAUUUUCGCAGUAGAGGGUGAUAAUACGUACGCUUCCUUGAGAUUUGAAGCUGGCGUUCAUCGAGUGCAACGGAUUCCUUUGACAGACAAGUCGCGAAUGCAUACAAGCACUGCGAGCAUUGCAGUUCUUCCCGAGCCAGAAGAGGUCUCGGUAGUGGUACCAACUGACUCGGUGAAAAUAGAGACAAUGCGAGCUUCGGGUCCUGGAGGGCAGAACGUCAACAAGCGAUCAACUGCAGUACGCCUAACACAUAAGGAAACAGGCAUAGUCGUACAUUGUAUGGACGAACGUUUCCAACAUCUCAAUUUGCAGAUUGCUUUCAAACGAUUAGCUGCAAUCAUUCUGCAGCAAAAAGUGGAUGAGAUAAGUGACAGGUUCUCAUCAGACCGAAAAUUACAGGUAUUAGAUCAAUUUUUUGCAAGUACCGACCAUUGA